AUGACCCUAGUCUCGAAUGAUCCCAGUUGGUGGCCAGUCAUCAAUGGGAACAUUAUUUUCAGCUAUCUUAUAGUUACCGCCUCUACUGGGUUAAUAUACGAUUGGGCGCUUACAUUUGGACAAGAGGUUGAACUGAUCUGGAGGCAGCGCUGGUCCCUAAUGACCUUUCUCUACCUCAGUGUGCGCUAUGUUGGAAUAGGACGUGUUGUGGGCCUUAUCAUAAACGACGGAUUCACUUGGAUGGGUGACGCUGUAAAUGUAUUACUGGGCGUGAUCAUGAUCGCUCGGUUACAUGCCAUGUAUCAGCGAUCAAGAAAGGUGCUGAUGUUUCUCGUCGUCAUCUUUCUGGCCAUCAGAAUCGCCAACGCAGGAAUGCUCGCAAUAACGAUGAUGCAGAUUUCAGGGGAGGAAUUUGUUCUCUCCGGCACCUAUCAGUGCAUGUUUGACUACGCGGGAGAUUCCGUAUUUCUUACUUUCAUGGCUUGGAUGCUUGACACUGUAUGGGAGGUCCUUGCACUUUGUCUCGCGAUCUGGAUUGCUGUAAAGCACUUCCGUGAACUGCGACAACACUCAACAAGAGGUAUUAUCGGUGACUGUUUCAUGGUGCUAAUGAAGAGUCAUGUGAUUUACUUUGUGAGUUUUUUGGCUAUCUCUUGCUUCCAGAUCGGUUUGUUUUCUCCAACGGUCUUAGCGAUAUUCGAGUUUGUGGGAUUAUUUGUGCUGGGACCACGCCUGAUCCUCGGUGUUCGAGAACAUUACGCUGAGCUCGUGGCCAACUCUGAUAUGGCAACCGCUAUGACUUCAAUUGCUUUUCAGGAGUUUUUGUCGUGGUACUUAUUUAUGACCUCUGAGAAGUACUCGACCACUCAAGUGGUGCCUGUAGACUCAUUCGGCAUCCCCGUUCAUCCUAGCUGUUCCAGGAUUACGCACUGA